AUAUCUCAUAUCAGAAAUCCACCUCUAGAUUUUGAAACACAAUUCCCUCAGAAAAUUUGCAGCACCUCCUGAAAUGCGUGAUUGUGGAGAGCAAGGCUGUGGCCGAUGGAGCUGAGGAGGCCAGUGAAGCCCAAAUCGGGGCCCAGUUCCCCGAUUGUGUUCCUGGCCAUCUGCGUAGCACUGAUCGCUGUUGUUUUUCUAUAUAGCUAUCUCAAUUCCACCAAUGACUUCACUUCUUCAUCUAUCAAGACUGUAGAAACAGUUCCGCAGCGGCAUGACAAGUAUCUGUACUGGGGGAGCCGAAUCGACUGCCCCGGAAAGCACUGCCAGUCCUGUGAGGGACUCGGCCACCAGGAGUCCAGUCUCCGCUGCGCUCUCGAGGAAGCCAUCUUACUCCAGAGGACUUUUGUAAUGCCUUCCAGAAUGUGCAUCAAUCCGAUACACAAUAAGAAAGGGCUCUUUCAACACUCAGAUAAUGCAAGUUCAGAGGAAAAUUGGAAUGCAAACUCUUGUUCCAUGGACUCUUUGUAUGAUAUUAGCUUCAUAUCAGACAUGGUACCAGUAAUAUUAGACAAUUCAAAAAAGUGGUAUAAGGUGCUAACAACAAGCAUGAAGUUGGGAGAUAGAGGAGUUUCUCAUGUGGAACGAGUUAGUCAUUUUGAUCUGAAAAACAGUAGUUUCUCAAAUCUUUUGCUGAUAAACAGAACUGCAAGCCCUCUUUCAUGGUUUGCGGAGUGCAAGAAUCGAAACAACCGUAGUUCUUUAAUUUUGCCCUAUUCUUUUCUUCCCUCGAGGGCAGCAAAGAAAUUGAGGAGUGCAGCUGAGAAGAUUAAGGAAAUCCUUGGUGAUUAUGAUGCCAUUCAUGUUCGUCGUGGAGAUAGACUUAAGACCAGGAAGGACAGGAAUGGUGUUGAGAGGACUCUAUCGCCUCAUCUGGACAGGGAUACACGCCCUCAGUUUAUUCUCCGCAGAAUUAAAAAAUGGGUCCCGCCUGGACGAACUCUUUAUAUUGCUUCAAAUGAAAGGACACCAGGAUUCUUUUCACCUCUCUCGGUCAGAUACAAAUUGGCGUAUGCAUCAAAUUAUAGCCGCAUAUUGGACCCGUUGGUUGAGAAUAACUACCAAUUGUUCAUGAUUGAAAGGCUUAUCUUUAUGGGUGCUAAAACAUUCAUCAGAACAUUUAAAGAAGAUGAUACAGAUCUUUAUCUUACGGAUGACCCCAAGAAGAACACCAAGAACUGGCAAAUACCAGUGUACACCAUGGAUGAAAUGGGAAGGUGACAAUUUGCUGUAAUAGGUUCCAACGCACUUCCAACGGCAGUACUCACUCUUUAGUUGUGCAAUAACAGCUGAGGCUCACAUGGCUUGCGCUGCAAUCUUCCCAUUGAAGUCAAUAUGGUGGGGAAGAUUGCAGGCUCAAAAUAUCAUGUCCUUGCAAUCCAAUUUUACCUCCCAUCAGAGAAGUAGGGCAUAUGCUCUUGAUUUCCUGUGAUAUAUAGUUAUAUACAACGCAAAAGAUCUCCUACAAGCUCCAAACUACAGAGUGCAAACAUGUAACAUGGACUUCUACUAUAUGGUACAAAGAGAGCCUAAAGAGUCAACCAUAGAUUCUAUUAAUUCCUUUUUUCUUAAUUUUUUUUUCCUGAGGAACUUAUAGAUA